UAGCGAGGUAAAGGAGUGCGUCGGUCGGGGUUCGAACCCCGGACCCUGUGCAUGGUCGGCGAGCGUCCUAACCGCUAUGCCACCGACGCACCCUAUCCACAGUAAUUCAUAAGAAUUCAUAUCGGUAUGAAAUUCGGAUAGAAAUAUUUUACAUUUCAGAACAAUUAGAUACCUUAUAUUCAAUUACAGUUUAGAGGCAAUUUAGGCAGUGAAGUAUUAUUAUUCAGAUUCAUAAAGGAGAAUAAAUGUAUAAAGUAUUAUCAACAAGCGAAGAAAACUAACUCAGAGAACUUCUAACUCCGGUAAAUUGAAAGUCAUGCUUUCUACACUUCCACUAUUUGAUAGUUGACCUGAAGGAUGAUUUGCCUAAGCCAUAUCUCCUUGUGUUUGUCGGUUCAGCUCCUCCUGCAGAAUCAGUUACAUCGACCGCUGCUCUGGAAACUUGAUGUUUCGUCCUAAGAAACUUUACCGGUGUUGCUGAAGACAUGAGCAACACAGAUCGUAAACAGUCAAUAAUAUAAGUUCAUCUGCUUCAAACAGGUCACAAAGCAGGAUAACAUACCGAUUUUGUAAUUAGAUUUGUGUAGCAGUUAAAUAUGAAUAUCCCCAAACGAAUCAGCAUUAUUGUAAAGCGUGGAGAAAAUCUAGAGUAUACAUCAUCGCUUAAAAAAGCCUCUAAAAAUCGUCGAUGGCGUGUUAUUUUUUUGGGUGGAGAAGACAAAUUAGCCUCAGAGUAUGUUGAUGCCGAGGAUGGUUGUCCAAAAUGGGAUUGUGAAGUAACACUAGACUUGAUUAGUCCAUCAGAUCCAGUAUGUUUACGUGUAGUCGAUGGUGAUAACCAUCAUAUUGGACAAGUUAAUAUACCAUUAAAUCAAAUUCCACAAACUGGCAAUCCAAACUUUGAUUUAUCACGUUUAUCCUACUCUGAAUUGGAGCCAACAAGAAAAAAUUCUCAUCCACAUGGUCGUUUAGUCUACUGGAUAUGGGCUAUUGACUAUUGGCCACCAGGUACACAGGUUAAUACUAUACAACAUUCUAAAUCUUUACGUGGUUCACUUAAUCAUAUUGGUGCAAAAAUACGUUCAAAGUCUAGACACAAGUCGAAAAGUAAUCUUAAUAAUGGUUAUGCAGCAAGUGAAUUCAGUGGUUCCACACUUCAAGUACCUGGUAUGUCAUAUAAUCCAUUUGAAAAUGAUGGUACUACAAGUGAAUUUGGCGGACCAACGGGUUUACCACCAAUGUAUCAAUCAAAUGCUAACAGUCCAUAUGCUCAAUCUGAAUUAGGUGGAUCACUGGCAAGCAGUACUAAAUCAAGUGGUAAACAUAGAGGUUUAUUAAGGAAAGUUAAGAGUAAAAUAUCACAUAGUACUUUAAAUUUGGCUGAAGCAGUAGCUAAAAAGGCUGCUGGCAAAGAUCCAUACUUCCAAAAUCUUGAUGGAGGUUCAAAAUCAAAUUUAAGGGGAAGUCAGUUGUCUAUUGGUGGGACAUCUUAUCGAGAUACUUUGUAUACGCCUGCCAAUAUUCCAAAAAUCUCUUCAAAUAUAUCAACUGUUUCAUCCAAGGGUAUAGAAUAUCCAGCAGCAACUACUCAUAAAAGAUAUAAAGCUAUAGGUGCGACAUCUCAAUUGGAUUUGUAUACACAACCAAUGCAAGAACAAUCUCAGAGUUUAUAUAAUCAAGAUGAUUCGAGUAAAUCAAAGGCAUCAGUCAACUCAUUUUUGGAUGAUCAAGGUGGUACUACACCUAUACAACAACGCACAGAUGGUGUUGGUGAAGUUUCAUCCGCAGCUUUCGAAUCACCUGCUAGUGUUCAUUUAUCAACCUGGGGCGCUCAACCUAAUGAUCGGCCGAGUAAACCUAUUGAAGAUAUGACUAAACGUGAAACAGUUGAAUAUGUAAAUCACUUAUUGAAAACUCUACAAUCUUCACGAACAGAGAUUACUCGUUUGCAAAUGGAAAAUGGUCGAUUAACUAGUCAUGCAAAUGAAACUGAAACUGAAUUGAAUGAUGUCCGUAUGACUUUAGCAACAUUACGUAAUCGUUUGUUGGCAGAUAAUCUUACUGAGUAUCUUGAAUUACCAAGCGAGAAUAAUGGUUAUAUGGGUGUGAAUAGCAACAAGAAUGGUGGUCUUAAUGGCAUCGGUGGUGUUGGUGGUGGUGGUUUUACGACGAAUUUGUCAGGCUAUGAUAACUCACAAAUAGAUAAUACUCCUGAGCCUCAGUCCUCAUUUCUGUCGAAAAUUUCUUCAUUGGGUAUUAAUGCACGUAUAACAAGUUUUAUUCCACCUUCGAGUAAUCUGCCAACAAAUGGAAAUGGUGCUAGUGCUGCUGGUGGCGGUAGUUGGUGGUAGAGAUGAAUGGGAAGGAGGUGGAUGUGUAACAAACAAAGUGUAACUGAAUAAAAAAAAUUGUUGUCCAUAGUUACCUGCUGCUUACCUGCAGCCUUUCACUCUCUCUCUCUGUCUCUAUGCGACAAACAAACAAAGAACAACAGCUCAAUAACACGAGUAAAAUAUGUAUCGUAUGCCUUUCUUUCUUUAUCUGCUUCUUGAGUUCCCCUCGUCGCCCACCACCUGUGUUCUCCAUUCUUUCAUAUCUUUCCGUAUAUUGUAUUUUUAUUUCACUGAUAUCUGUGAAUUUUGUUGUGAUGCACAAAUGUGAAUGCGAACAGACCUCUAGAUAGACGAACGAAAAAACAAACCAACAAAAUUAUAUAAUCGGUAAUGUCUUUCAUUUAACACCCUUUUUGUCAGUUUAUUUUUCUUUCUUUUCUUCACACUGUUUUUGUUAUCAAUCAUUGAUUGGUUCCUAUUGUGGAUGAUAAAUAAGUUGUGAAGCUGUUAGUUUCUCUUUCUUAUCUUCACUACUACUAAAUUUUUCUGAUGCUCAAUACGUGUUCAAUAGUUGUAACUGUCCAACCUUAUUUUUAUUUUUUGAUAUCAUUCAAUCGAUCAAUGAAUAUCACGGGUAUCGAAUGUGCAUUACUCAGGCACUUACAUAUCGUCAGAUGGGAAUACUUAAUAAUAACAUUCAUAGUGAUUAUAGCUUUAUUUGCAUAUAAUAUCCAUUUUUUAUAUACAUAUAUAUACACCUUUUACAGUUUCGUUUAUUUUCCCCUCCAGAAAAAAUAUUCCGUUAUUUAAAACAAAAUUGUUUUUGUGUCUUUGUUAUCUAAAAAACGAGUGAGUGAAUGAAUGAAUAAAUUCAUCUGAUCACAUUCCAAAGGUAAUCAAAUCAAAUCCUAUCAAAUAUGUUUCGUGUGAAGAUGACAGAUAUAUGGUAGGUGGUGGUGGUUGCAGCUCAUGUUUCAAAUAUGGAGGAUAGACCUUAUAGAAUUCAGUAAAGCACAUUAGAACACGACACAAAAUAACUUUAUGUUUACCGAAAGAUGAAGCAGAAAAUCAAUAUAUAUAUCUAUAUAUAUUCUUAUUACGAAAGACAGUCUUGCUUCACUGCCUAAUUGUUGUCAUCAAAUGUUUAUGAUACAGUUGUCAGCCUAUUUGUUAGUACUACACUGCUACUGCUAAGAAAGGUCUUUCAUCACAUGCUCACCACAGCCUUAUGAUUGAUAAUGAAUUACAUUUUAGGGAUUUCAUUUAUCCAGCCCCUUUAUUCUGUUUUUUAUCAUUGAUUUUCACAAUAUACUCUGGGUUACAUUUGUUUCCAUCUAUCUAUUUACUUCACUUAUCAUCUAUAUAUACAUAAGAUUGUAUAGAUGAACUAUUUGAAUUGAUUGUUUCUCUAUGUAUGUAUGCCUAUCUCUAUCAAUCCAUAUCAACAUCUUCGUUCUGUGAUUAUUAUAAUUAUUUAUUUUCUUGUUUUAAUGUAUUUCCGUGGCUCAAUUCUUUUCUAACCUCUUAUAUAUUGCCUAACACACUGAUUUGGUGAUUUUGUUUUUUAUUGAAGAGAUAAAUAAUAUAUAUGCAUCGUUAACGCGAAAAAAUUUCUUCUAUUUUGGUGCUCUC